AUGAGCCUCCAGUCGCCCAGAGCGUCGGAUGUUCUGUGUCUUGCAGCGCUCUGUCUUCUGGGCUGUCUCGUUGUACAGCAGCGCAGGAUAUGGAAGGCAAGCCAUUUCGUUUGGUUUUGGUCGCGUCAGUGGCGUGUUCAGGACAAAUCUCAAGGCCAGAAACCCCAUCUUGCACAUCUGCCCAUCGAUUUACUCAUCGAAAUUAUGGCCCAUCUCGACUGGUAUGACGUGCUAGUGCUUCGCCAGUGCUGCCGUUCGCUGCAUGCAGCAUCGAAAGAGCGUCAAGUUUGGCACUCGAUGCUAGUUCAGUACUGCGAUACUGUACUUCCGCGGCCCUUUUUCCUUCCAAAACCGUUGGAACACUGCUCUGGCGAAGAUCUGGAGCAUUGCAUCGUGGGUUGGCUGUCUGGAUGGGACCAUUUCCUCUAUCCUUCCCUCGAACUCCGUAUUAUGGAGUCUCACGCAUGCCCUCCUGGUUUUUUUGGUCCACUGCACCCUUUGCCUGGUGGUCGGUUUUUCAUUUAUGGUGGAAAUCGCGGCUCCCUUUUCUAUUGUGACCCAACGCAACCCGAUCCGACCAUGCACCUCCUCAUCCACCCAACUAAUCUCGAAAAGCCUCGCAAAAGAUCUACCGCCCUGGACGUGCUUGGCAUCCAAGGGAUUGACGGGGAAUCAACCGCACUGCGAGACCGACUAUUUCCCCGAACCUUCCGCCUCGCCCGUAUACUUGGAGCAACUUGCAGCAAAGGAUUAAUCGAGAUUUGGGAGAUUAACGCGCGAGUGGAAGGCGGGACCCAUGUCGGCUACACCAGCAAACUGCUGAAGGCCUUUUCGGACCAUAUCUACGUCGGAGAUGGCAACUGCUGCUCACUCCUUGGAAGACACGUUGCCUAUGUGAGAGACGGGAACCCGAACGGGUUUGAUUUGGGGGUACGGAUUGUGGAUUGGUCAUCUGUUUCCGGAGACGAAGAUCCAACCAACCUCCCUGGUGUCGCCAUCCCGGGACCAACUCCCCCCUUGAUAGUGCUACUCCCGCACAGGAGAAUAUUAAUGGCGGAUGACCGCAUCGCUAUUUGGGAUUGGGGACGGUCAUGUCCGUCCAUAGCUUCACUGGGUACCUCCAGGGGUGCUUUCAUCAAGCCAGAGUGGGCACCGUCAUCCCCAUACAUUGGGACACCACCCUUCACUCAACUCUUCUACAAUGGCGAAUCAAUCAGGCUUGUUCUCCCCACCCGGGGUAACACCCUUAUUGGGUUUUCCAUCUCCACAGACCCAGACAAGGAGGUCGCCAACAGUGUUGAAAUGAGUGUCCUGGGUCAUGGGGACUUUCGUUUUCAGAUUUUUCCGAUGUCUUUCCACUAUCGCCUGGGCGUACGCCUGGGCAGAGAACUCGACACCCUCAUGUGCUACAGGUGGCCAGAUGAUCCUCCUUUCGUGCCUUCCGCCUCUCUCCUCGAAGUUAACCUGCCCAAUAGUGUUCGACACCCCAUCGUUACUUCAUUCCCUCGCGGCUCCCGAGGCACUCCCAAGCCGCACCUGCCGCCGUGGCAAUUCCAGGUGUUGACCAAGUUCAAGCAUGAACCUCCAGUCGCCCAGAGCGUCGGAUGUUCUGUGUCUUGCAGCGCUCUGCCUUCUGGGCUGUCUCGCUGUACAGCAGCGCAGGAUAUGGAAGGCGAGUCACUUUGUUUGGUUUUGGGUGAAUCACAAGCUGAAUUGAAAGGACAGUCGCGUCAGUGGCGCGUUCAGGAUAAAUCUCAAGGCCAGAAACCCCAUCUUGCACAUCUGCCCAUCGAUUUACUCAUCGAAAUUAUGGCCCAUCUCGACUGGGAUGACGUGCUAGUGCUUCGCCAGUGCUGCCGUUCGCUGCAUGCAGCAUCGAAAGAGCGUCAAGUUUGGCACUCGAUGCUAGUUCAGUACUGCGAUACUGUACUUCCGCGGCCCUUUUUCCUUCCAAAACCGUUGGAACACUGCUCUGGCGAAGAUCUGGAGCAUUGCAUCGUGGGUUGGCUGUCUGGAUGGGACCAUUUCCUCUAUCCUUCCCUCGAACUCCGUAUUAUGGAGUCUCACGCAUGCCCUCCUGGUUUUUUUGGUCCACUGCACCCUUUGCCUGGUGGUCGGUUUUUCAUUUAUGGUGGAAAUCGCGGCUCCCUUUUCUAUUGUGACCCAACGCAACCCGAUCCGACAAUGCACCUCCUCGUCCCGUCGCCUAAUUUCGAAAACUCUUCCAAAAUAUCUACCGCCCUAGACGUGCUUGGCACCCAGGGCAUCGAUCGGCAAUCCACCACACUGCAAGACCGACUGUUUCCCCGAACCUUCCGCCUCGCCCGUAUACUUGGAGCAACUUGCAGCAAAGGAUUAAUCGAGAUUUGGGAGAUUAACGCGCGAGUGGAAGGCGGGACCCAUGUCGGCUACACCAGCAAACUGCUGAAGGCCUUUUCGGACCAUAUCUACGUCGGAGAUGGCAACUGCUGCUCACUCCUUGGAAGACACGUUGCCUAUGUGAGAGACGGAAACCGGCACGCGUUUGAUUUUGGGGUACGGAUUGUGGAUUGGACAUCUGUUUCCGGAGACGAAGAUCCAACCAAUCUCUCUGGUGUCGACAUCCCGGGACCACAUCCCCCGUUGAUAGCGUUACUCCCGCACAGGAGAAUAUUGAUGGCGGAUGACCGCAUCGCCAUUUGGGAUUGGGGACGGUCCUGUCCGUCCAUAGCUUCAGAGGGUCCCUCCAGGGGUGCUUACAUCGAGCCGGAGUGGGAACUGUCAUCCGCAAGUGUCCGGACACCACCCUUCACCCCACUCUUCUACAAUGGCGAAUCAAUCAGGCUUGUUCUCCCCACCCGGGGUAACACCCUUAUUGGGUUUUCCAUCUCCACAGACCCAGACAAGGAGGUCGCCAACAGUGUUGAAAUGAGUGUCCUGGGUCAUGGGGACUUUCGUUUUCAGAUUUUUCCGAUGUCUUUCCACUAUCGCCUGGGCGUACGCCUGGGCAGAGAACUCGACACCCUCAUGUGCUACAGGUGGCCAGAUGAUCCUCCUUUCGUGCCUUCCGCCUCUCUCCUCGAAGCCAACCUGCCCAAUAGUGUUCGACGUGAGCGCACCAUCAUCCACUUUGACAUACUGCAUGGACAAUUGGUUUUCUUUUGCAACCCAUAUGUAUGCCGUCUCUGCUCCUCGAAGACGGAUACGUAG